AACUGAGGCAGUGGUAUAUAAGGUUUGUUAAGCAACUUCAUCGGCAGAGUUCUCGCUCGUCUCCACUUCUCUACACAACUAAACAUGAGGGUUCUGUUGGCUUUUGCUGGCGUGGUGCUGCUGGUGGGCGUGUGCUCUGGGGCGCCUGACCUGUCCUCUCACUCCUCCAAUGGUAACGGCCACGGAGGAAACGGAGGUGGACACGGAUGCAGCGGAUGCCACGGAGGAGGCAACGGCAACAACGGAGGCAACGGCCGCUACGACGGUUCCAAUGGCGGGUUCAACGGCGGGUUCAACGGGGGAUCCAAUGGUGGCUUCAACGGUGGCUCCAAUGGAGGUUAUGGUUCCAACGGGGGUUCAAACGGCGGUUUUAAUGGCGGGCACAGUGGUUCCAACGGCCAAUCCAACGGCCGUCCCAUCACCUACGGCAAGUGAACCAAAUGACUCCACAUGACCAACACACGACAGGAAGAUGAAAAGGAAGAACUAUUGUGAACAUAAUUCUCUCUCUCUCUCUCUCUCUCUCUCUCUCUCUCUCUCUCUCUCUCUCUCUCUCUCUCUCUCUCUCUCUCUCUCUCCACGUGUAUGUUUCUGUGUGUACGCCCCUGCGUGUGCACCAAGGCCAGCCGUGUAAGCAUUACGGAAGGCGAAGAUGAGUCAAUAUUAAAACGAUCAACAAAAA